GGUGGGUUCAGAAAACGAAAACAUGACAAUUUUCCACAUGGUCAAAGAAAAGAGGAAAAAGAGAACGUUAAUCCAUCUUCAGCUUUGAUGACAUCUUUUAAGUCGUUUCAGCUGGAGCUGGACACCAGGCAUGAUAAAUAUGAACGGCUUGUGAAGCUCAGUCGUGAUAUAACUAUUGAAAGCAAAAGAACAAUAUUUCUGCUCCACAGGUUUACCAGUGCUCCCAAUGGGGAAGAAAUACUAAAUGAAUCUGAAGUCAAGCUAGAUGCUGUCCGACGGAAGAUUAAGCAGGUUGCACAAGAACUGAUUGGAGAAGACAUGUAUCAGUUCCACAGGGCUAUAUCUCCAGGACUUCAAGAAUAUGUUGAGGCAGUCUCAUUUCAGUAUUUUAUCAAAACACGAUCUUUGAUUAGCGUUGAAGAGAUCAACAAACAACUAAUAUUUACAGUGGAAAACAGAGAAGAAACAAUAAACAUGACCUCCAAUUCCCAUGAUAAGCAACCCCACACUUGGAGCCUGAAGGUAACACCAGUGGAUUACCUGCUGGGAGUGGCUGAUCUAACUGGAGAGCUGAUGCGGCUGUGCAUCAGCAGUGUUGGAAAUGGUGACAUAGACACGCCUUUUGAACUGAGCCAGUUCUUACGUCAGAUUUAUGAUGGUUUUACUUUCAUUGGCAACACUGGACCGUACGAAGUAUCUAAGAAGCUGUAUACCUUGAAACAGAGUCUGGCAAAAGUAGAAAAUGCCUGCUAUACAUUAAAAGUACGGGGAUCUGAAAUCCCAAAGCACAUGCUGGCUGAUGUGUUCUCCACCAAAACGGAAUUGAUUGACCAAGAGGAGGGUCUUUCUUAAAAUAAGAAGACUGUCACAACUCAGAAGGGAAGAGGACUUAGAGAAAACUUCUUAGUUUUGGUUUGUGGGGUUUUGAUCCUCCUGAAAGCUUUUUAGGUAGAGACGUUUUUAGUUUUAUCUAUGAGAAGUUUGUUUGCAGUGGUAAUUUGUAACCAAAAAUACUUUUUAUGAUGUGCAAGAGAACAAAUGUUUGACUUUGUCCUCUCAGUAUGGAAUUUCCUGUAUUGCUCCAUUGUAUCUUCUUUCAGAAUGACCAAAAUUUCCACUGCACCCUACACCAGUGACUGUCAGUUGUGUGAGUCACCUCAAACUGUUGUGGAUGCUGUUAUCAGUUUUCAGCAAGCACAGCAGUGGAAAAAAACGGUUAGGUACUGUUAUUUAGCAUUAUCCAUAGGUUUCUGCUGACCCCUGUUUUCUGAGUAUUUGGGUUCUAUACUCAUGCCAUACCUAAAAUGAUGGACCUAUGUAUAUAUAAGUUCAUCCCUUGACUUGAAAGUGAGGUGGACUCAAAGGUGCCAUGCAACUUAAGUUUUUUCUGAUUACCACUUUUGAGCAUGAAACUGAAACGAAAUUAACUUUUUACCAAUUGAUAAUGAAGCUAAUUACACCAGAUAAAUACUGCUGUGUGCUCAUUCUUUUGGGGUCCGUUUAAAUUGAGCUCUGUUCAAAUUAACACUGGUACUUCACAGUUUUGACAUGAGCUAGAAAAUCCACAAAAAAAUAACUGUGGAAUGUAUUGGGUUACAUUUUUUGUAAUACACUUUAAUGCAGAAUCUGACAUCUUUCUGUUUGUAGACAAAAGCAGAAGACCUAUCAACUAUGUUUAACAUGAAUAAUUUGGUGUUAGGACAAGUAGCUUUUGGCCAAAACAAACGCGGGGUGGUGUUGGAAGUCUGUUCUCUAUUGUUUGUGCUGCCCUGAGGACCUCCAGUGGGGUUGAACUGGUACAAGUGAAAAAGGGCUGGCCAAGCUUUAAAUAUCUGUUAGCAGGAACUAUAUCAUGUGCGUGUUCCUAUGGAAAGGAAAUUGCAAACAGAAAUAAGGCAGACAUUCUGACUUCCACAUUUAUCUUUGAGGUGGGUAUGUCACCAUUGGCAAAAAAUCAGGGCUUUCUGCCGGUGUCUGAAGUUAUGAAAGUCUGAUAAUGUACAUUAUGCUAAAGGAAAACAGAUAAAACAACAUGAUCUUUAGACUCCAGGAAACAGGCCUCCCAACUGCAAUUGAAAAUACUGCAUGUUUUUUAUUUCCACUUCCAUAUGCUGUGAUACUGCCAAUAUUUUUCCCAUGAGCAUGUCCUGAGAAGCUGGAAUUAUCUGAUAUAUGGAUAGGAAUGGGUAAAUACAUUUUUGUCACAUUUUUCCAUUGUUUCCAUAUAAAGCAAUAUGUGGUGGGUUGAAAAAGGAGUGGCUUUUUUCCUAUUGUUUAAUACUAUUUUUUACAAUAAAUUCUGAAA